AUGUUCAAGCAAGACAUAAAAACAAUAACUCAAGACGCUGGUACAUUUUAUGAUACGAUAUUUAACCACCCAAAAGAAACCAUCGAAAAAGAGAUCAAAUCAUUUAUUCGAGAAUUUGAAUCAAAUAGAAAUAACCGAGAAUAUGGUAAUCUUGAGAAAUGCAUAGUGUUAGCUCAAGGUGCACCUGAUAAACUUUCGAGUGGAACUUUUCUCUUUGAUAAAAAGUUGAAUGACGUUAAGGAGAAAUUGAAUAAUGCAAAGCCAAUUUUUACGUCAUUAUUGGAAGAAUUGGAGACAUUGAAACAGUCACGUCGUCUCCAGCAAGACCCACACCAGGAGGAUCGCAAACAACUCCUAGAUAAUCAAAAUCAUGCAAAAAAAGAGUUUGACAAAGAAUUUAAAGAACGUGAGCAAAAAUUGAUAAAGGAAUAUAGGAUUAUAAUGGAAGAGGCUUUGAGAGGUGUUUACGAUCCUUCUGAGAGUAGUAAUAAAAAUAAUGAUCGAACUCCUGAGGGGAGUAGUAAACAUAAUGAUUGA